UUUCAAUAGUGAUAUACAUAAUCUCUCUCUCUCUCUUUUUUAUCUCCAUCUCCAACUUCUUUCAUUGCUUUUCCAUAUUCUUUUCACAAAAUAAUUAUAAACACAAUAAUAUAUACUAUAUACUUUUCCACUUAACUUCAUAUGUGGAUGACUAUAUAAAUAUACAUAUAAAGUCACUUUCCUUUAUUUAUUUAUGUCUUCCUCAUCCGGCGUUCGUCCAUUGGAUCACGAGAACCCUUGCUUACCAUUAGAGACUUCUAGUCGCUAAUGAGCUGGAGGUGGAACAUUUCGAAGAUUGUAUUGUCCAACAAAGCAAGAAUUUUUACUGUCUAGAUAUUGUGUUUUGUCUGAAUCUGCCAUGUUGCCGUUCCUCUGGUAAUUAGCUGAGUUUAAGAAACAAAAAACAAGCCUGAGAAAUGAAGUUCAUGAAACUUGGAUCUAGACCUGAUACUUUCUACACUACUGAGGCUGUCAGGUCUGUGUCAUCAGAGAUUACAAGUGAUCUAAUAGUCCAAGUGAAAGGAAACAGAUAUUUACUUCACAAGGUCAAUUUUGUAACUAUUUUGUGUGUGAUCUCUCAACUUAGAGACAAUUCUAUGAAUAGACAUUGCAAUUCAUAUGGAAAAUUUAAUUCUUCGGUGUUCAAGAAUUUGAUUGUCUUGACUUUUUCGAUAACACAGUUUCCCCUGCUAUCCAAGUGUUCGCGACUGCAGAAGUUAUGUGCCGACAGCCCUGAAACUUCACAGCAUCAAAUCGUCCAAAUCCCUGAUCUUCCGGGAGGUGUUGAGGCUUUUGAAUUGUGCGCUAAAUUCUGCUAUGGCAUUACCAUCACUCUUAGUGCCUACAACAUUGUCUCGGUUCGAUGUGCAGCAGAAUACCUUCAAAUGACUGAGGAUGUUGAGAAGGGAAAUCUAAAAUACAAACUCGAAGUGUUCUUCAAUUCUUGUAUACUUCACGGGUGGAGGGACUCAAUUAUAACGUUACAGAGCACGAGAGGAUUCGGUGUAUGGGCCGAGGAUCUUGGGAUAAUGAGCAGAUGCAUUGAUGCUAUAGCUUCUAAAGUUCUUGCACACCCCUCAAAGGUGAGUUUGUCGCAUAGUUACUCGAGAAGGGUUCGAGAUGAUAUAUCAUGUAAUGGAUCGGAAAGCCUAAUACAUAACCCUACUACGAAAGGCUGGUGGGCUGAAGAUAUAGCAGAAUUAGGCAUAGAUCUUUAUUGGAGAACAAUGAUAGCCAUCAAAUCUGGGGGAAAAGUCCCCGGUAAUCUGAUUGGUGAUGCGUUGCGUAUUUAUGCAUCCCGUUGGCUACCAAACAUAUCGAAAUACAUGAACAUUGAGAAAGAAAUAGAAUCUGAUCACGAGUUGGAUUCUACUCGGGUGAUAACUUCAAAACAUAAGCUACUGUUAGAAUCAAUUGUUAGCCUGUUACCAGCAGAGAAGGGUGCAGUUUCGAGUAGUUUUCUUUUGAAAUUAUUGAAGGCAGUUAACAUAGUAAAAGCUUCUUCCUCUACAAAGAUGGAAUUGGCAAGAAGAGUUGGAAUUCAAUUGGAGGAUGCCACUGUUAAUGAUUUGUUGAUUCCCUCUUUAUCAUACACGAAUGACACGAUAUAUGAUGUCGAUGUAGUCAGGACAAUAUUAGAGCAGUUCACGUUACAAGGGCAGAGUCCCCCUACUAGUCCUCUGAGAACCCGAAGAAAUUUUGAAAGGCGAAGGUCUCGUUCUGCAGAAAAUGCUGACUUCGAGUUUCAAGAGAGCCGGAGAUCAUCUUCUGCACCGCAUAGUUCCAAACUCAACGUGGCAAAGCUUGUCGAUGGAUAUCUUCAAGAAAUAGCCCGAGAUGUAAAAUUACCUCUAUCAAAGUUUCUUGCAAUUGCAGAUUCUGUUCCAGAUUUCGCAAGGGUCCAACACGAUGACCUUUAUAGAGCUAUUGAUACAUACCUCAAGGGACAUCCCGAACUCAACAAGAGUGAAAGAAAGCGCCUAUGUCGAAUACUAGACUGCAAAAGGUUAUCUGUGGCAGUUUGUAUGCAUGCUGCACAAAAUGAGAUGCUCCCUCUGAGGGUAGUAGUGCAAGUUCUUUUCUGUGAGCAAGCACGAGCUGCGACUGCUGGUGGCCACGUAAACGAGCUUCCUAGGAAUAUCAAAGCACUUUUAUCGGCUCAUAACAAUCCGGGAAAGCCUACAGCAUCAUUUAGUACUAAUGCAACAACGGCAGCAGACGAUCAAUGGAGUGUCUCGGGACUCAAAUCACCGAAAUCUAAGGUCUCGACCCUAAAACCGAAGUUAGGAGAAAACAAGGACUUAGACGAAAAUGGAGAAGAAAAAUCUUCAAAGGCCAAGACUUUGUGUAUGCUUCCCAACAGGCCUAAAAGAAUGUUCAGUAGGCUAUGUUCUAUUAACAGAACUCCAAGUCAUUAGAACUGAGAAAUUUUGUUUAGUUUCUGUUUUUAAGAGGGAAAAUUAUACCCUGGCUUUACAUUUUUUCUUAUCCUAAUUCUUGCAAAGCUCUUUGUAAUCUUUUAGGAUAGGCUAAUCCUCUGUGAAUUAUUUGUGUAACCCAUGUUAAUAAAAACACGGAAAAUGAAACUUUUUACACCGAGAGAAA